AUGCCAGGCUCUGGCAAGGAGAGACCCAAGGCCCACAUCCUCUUCCUCUGUCAGCCCUUGACAGGGCACAUCACGCCCACACUGCGCGUGGCCUCGGAACUCGGCCGCCGAGGAUGGCCGGUGUCCUUUGUCGGCCCAACGACCCACCGCGCCCGCAUCUCGGCCGCUGGAGUCCACUUCGUGCCUCUCAAGGGAGACGCUGAUGUCGACGAUCUGCUGUACUACUCUCCUGACAGUCCAGCGCCUCCCGUGCCCGGGUUUCACUCGCUGGCUUGGUACGAGCGGGCCCUGGUCGACCUCGAGAAGCACUGCCUCGAGCCCCUAGCAACACAAUGGGAAUGCGUCAAGGACGCCCUGGCUGGCAUACACGAGAAACACCCUGACCUCCCUGUGCUCAUCAUCAGCGAGGCCUUCUUCCAUGGCAUCUUACCUCUCUACUUUGGGGCUCCACUGCCGGAUGGCGUCAAAAGACCACCCACAACGCUGUGUCUCUCCGUCACGCCUCCAGCCCUACGCAGCAUCGACCUCCCACCGUUCGACCACCCUCUGCCCUUCAGCCAGACACCUGAGGGCCGUGCCCGGAACGCACGGUGCUGGGACUACUGGGCAGAGCUGACGGCCCCGCUGAAGAGGCUCCUGGACACGAAGCUAGCUGCGUCGGGCGCCACGAGCUUCCCAGAUGGGCCCGUCCUGGAUGGCACCAACUACACCUGCCACUCUGCCAUCCUCCAGGUUGGGGUCCCCAGCUUCGAGUACCCGCGCAGCGACUGGCCGCCACAGUUCCAAUUCGUAGGGUUUCUACCGCUCGCAAGCCCCCCUCCAGGCGGCUACCCCAACCUGCCCUCCUGGUGGGACGAAGUGACGACCACCACGGACGAGAGGACGAAGAAGGUCGUGGUGGUGGCGCAGGGCACCGUCGAGACCAACCCGUACGACCUCAUCAUCCCGACCAUGGAGGCGAUGCGAGGCCGCGAGGAUGUGUUGGUGGCGGCCAUCAUGGGCCGCAAAGGGGCAGGUCUGCCGGCGGGAUUCGACAUGCCGACCAAUGCGCGUGUCACUGACUAUCUGCACUACGACGCCAUCCUGCCGCAUGCUCGGGUCUGGGUGCACAACGGUGGCUACGGCGCCAUCACGCACGGCAUUGCCCACGGCGUGCCGAUGGUGGUGGCUGGCGAGGGGCAGGAUAAGCCUGAGAAUAUCCGCAGAGUGCGGUACUCUGGGAUUGGUGUAGGUCUGGGGACGUCCAGCCCCAGUAUUCAAGACCUGAGAUCGAGCUUGGAGGACGUGUUGCGUGAGGCAAAGUACACAGAACGGGUGAGAGUACUUAGACAGGAGGCCAUAGACUUAGAUUGCUUCGGGCGUAUCGAGAACGCCGUGCUGAAGGCGCUGGUGUAG